UUGGACGAUUUCUCAUACUGUAACAGACUUUUUGGGUGGUGAAGGUAAUGGAGAUGUCGCCGCCACCUCGAUGACCACGAAGGCUCCCUCAUCAUCGUCGUCGACGCCUCGGCGAGGAGUUCCUCCCAUGGAGCUCGAUCUCGAUUCCUUCCUCAGAUCCCACGGCGGUGACCUCUUCUCCUCCUCCAGCGACGACGAUGACGACGACCACGACGAAAUUGACGCAGUUCACCGUCGGACCGUCGACGAGAUUCUCAACGAUUCCGAUUCCUCCUCUUCUUCCUCCCUCUCCCCUCCUUCCCGGAUCCCAAUUCCCGUCCCCAAGACCCCAAUUCCAACCCCUGAUCCCAAGCCUAAGGAGGAAGCUGCUCUUGUUGAGGAAGCUUCGAGACGAACUCGAGAUUCGAUUUCCGAAGGCGCAGAGGAACCAUCAACGUCGUUCGAUUGGAGACGGCGAUCUCGCGAGCUUUCUGCUUCCGUUUCCCUCUCUUCCUUAGGGCUGAGGAAUGGUGCAUCUUCCUCGUCUUCUUCGUCUCGUCCGCUUCCCUCUUACUUUGGUGGUGUCAGGCUUAACCCUAAGCCUGGUGCUGCUCUUGCUGCUGCGGCCGCGGCCUCCCGCAGUGUCCCGACGCCUCAUGCGAUAGCUAUUAAGAAUAGGAGGGCAGGCAUUGGCUCUGUCUGGAAAGAUGCGGAUGAAGGACUGGAGAGUGCUGGUUCGGAAGGACUGGAUGGAUCAGAGCAUUCCGGAGGUACCUUUCUUAGUGAAAACUUGGAAUCUGGGGUGGAUGAAGAGGAAAUUUUGCAGUCAUCAGCUGAAGCAACUGAGGAAAUCCAUAGUGAGGUUGAUAUAUUGGAACCAUCUGGCCCAACACCUGCGCAAUUGGAAACUAAUGUAGUAGCAGAGGAACUAGGUGUUCAUUUUGCUGCAGUAGAAUCUUGCCAAACCCCUGGACAAUUGGAAGCUAACGAAGAUGUUCUCAAUCUGUCGGAGACUAGCCAGGUACCGCCAGUUGCUGUGAUUCCUGGUGAAGAUUUUUCGAUGUGGAAUGAUAAUUUGCCACUGACAGACGGUGCUGAUGUCCCCCAUGACAUGGUUAACUCUAAUAAUCAAGUGGAACUGCAAGUUCCACCUACUGUUGGAGAUAACGUCAAUGGGGACAACGUUCCUAAUGGAGGCGUAAGAGAGGAGAGAGAACAAGUUCAUAGUGGGAGUGACAUUGAUAAAUUAGUAGAGGAGCGAUUGUCUCAGGCAGAGAACAGUAAGAGAGCUGAGAAGAAGGCUGAGAAAAAGCUCCGUGCCUCUAUGAAGCCUCUUGAAUGGGCCGAGGAGCUUGAAAAGCGGCAUGCAUCAUCUGGUUUACACUGGGAGGAAGGGGCUGCUGCUCAGCCAAUGAGACUACAGGGCAUCCGAAGGGGACCACCUGCUGUUGGAUACUUGCAAAUAGAUCUUGACAAUGCAAUCACUCGUUCUAUUUCUUCACAACAAUUCAAGCGUGACCAUGGUUCCCCGCAAGUGGUUGCAGUUCACUUGAAUUAUAUAGCUGUAGGCAUGUCUAAAGGAACCAUUAUAGUUUUAGCUAGCAAAUACUCUGCUCACUCUGCUGACAGUACAGAUUCCAAGAUGCUAACGUUUGGUUCUCAUGCUGAGAAAACUCAGAUAUCUGUAACGUCAAUGUGCUUUAAUCAGCAAGGUGAUUUACUAUUAGCUGGAUAUGGUAAUGGUCAUUUAACAAUUUGGGAUGUACAGAAAGCAAUAGCAGCAAAAGUUAUCACUGGAGAGCAUGCAGUGCCAGUUGUCCAUACACUGUUUUUAGGACAAGAUCCACAAGUCACUCGCCAGUUUAAAGCUGUUACUGGCGAUUCUAGGGGGCUUGUUUUAUUACAUACAGCUUCUGUUGUUCCUCUGCUCAAUCGUUUCUCUAUCAAGACACAAUGUCUACUUGAUGGCCAAAAAACUGGAACAGUGCUGUGUGCUUCCCCCCUUCAAUUGUAUGAUAUGCAUGGAUUUGUAUCUGCACCUUCUCAAAUUCAUUCAUCAGCAUCCUCCAAUGGCCUUAGCAGCAUGGUUGGAGGUGUUGUUGGAGGUGUAGUUGGAGGGGAGAGUGGAUGGAAGCUCUUCAAUGAAGGUUCUCCAGUGGUGGAAGAAGGUGUGGUCAUAUUUGUCACCCAUCAAAAUGCUUUGGUGGUAAGACUAAGUCCGAAUGUAGAGGUGUUCGAUAAAUUUCCUAGACCAGAGGGUGUUCGUGAAGGGUCCAUGCCUUAUGCUGAAUGGAAAUGGACAUUGGCAGAUGACUCAUCACUAGAUUCUUCUGAUAAAGUUUCAUGGCUUGCAAUUGCAUGGGACCGAAAUGUCCAAGUGGCCCAGUUGGUAAAAUCAGAGAUGAAAAAAUACAGGGAGUGGAACCUUGAUAGUGCUGCCAUAGGCAUUGCAUGGUUAGAUGAUAAGAUGCUAGUGGUUGUUACACUUAGAGGACAACUUUGCUUGUUUACGAAAGAUGGAAAUGAGAUUCAUCGUAUAAGUUUUAUUGUAAGCGGAUUGGGAAUUGAUGAUGUAAUAACUUAUAACACAUUUUUUUCUAACACCUUUGGAAAUCCAGAGAAGGGUUUUCACAAUUCUAUAGCAGUAAGAGGAGCUACAGUAUACAUAUUAGGGCCAAUGCAUCUUAUAGUUUCACGUCUACUUCCUUGGAGAGAGAAGAUUCAAGUACUGCAGAGAGCAGGUGAUUGGAUGGGUGCACUUGAUAUGUCAAUGAGGCUUUAUGAUGGCCAUGCCCAGGGUGUAAUUGAUCUUCCAAGAACAGUUGUUGCUAUAAGGGAGGUUAUAAUGCCAUUUCUUGUGGAGUUAAUUUUAUCAUACGUGGAUGAAGUUUUCUCAUAUAUUUCAGUUGCAUUUUGCAACCAAAUUGAAAAAGCCGGUCUAGUGGAAGAUAUAAAGUCAUCAGACAGUACCCUUCAGAAAGAGAUAGAGGAUCAGUAUGCUCGUGUUGGUGGUGUAGCUGUGGAGUUUUGCAUACACAUAAGUAGGAUUGACAUCUUAUUCGAUAGUAUCUUCACUAAAUUUGUUGCUGUUCAGCAUGGAGGCACAUUUUUGGAGAUCUUGGAGCCAUACAUUCUGAAAGACAUGCUUGGAUCUUUACCACCAGAGAUCAUGCAAGCCCUAGUAGAGCACUAUAGUAGCAGAGGAUGGUUGCAACGUGUUGAACAAUGCGUCCUUCACAUGAAUAUUUCUUCUCUGGACUUUAAUCAAGUUGUAAGAUUAUGUCGUGAACAUGGUCUUUAUGGUGCACUGAUAUAUCUUUUCAAUCGAGGUUUAGAUGACUACAGGACACCAUUAGAGGAACUUAUAUGUGUUGUAAAAGAUAGUUCAAGAACAGACGCUGCUUCUAUUGGGUACCGGAUGCUUGUUUAUCUAAAGUAUUGUUUUCAGGGUUUAGCAUUCCCCCCUGGUCAUGGUACAAUAUCAUCUCAACGUUUGCAAUCAGUGAGAGAAGAAUUAUUAAGUUUUUUGUUGGAGGACUCAAAAUCAUUAACCUCUCCAGUCUUCAAAAGCUUCAAGGCAUCCUGUGGAAUUUGCCCAAAUCUAUGUUAUCUCCUUUGGUUGGCUACUGAAGCAACCCUUAAAGUCAUACGAUGUGCUUUUUUAGAAGAGGGGUGCACUCAGAUAGUUGAUUCUAUGCAUUAUAAAGUUGAGAGUAAUGCUGAAGACGGAAAGGAAGAGGAUUUUCAUCGCAUAAAAGUUCAAAAUGCAAUGGUACAGAGUAUUGCAAACACACUAAUAGAUAUUCUUGAUUUGAAGUCAGUGGUGAUAAAAUCAUUUGUAAUAGAGGACACUGCUGAAGUUUGGCCUUCAAAGGAGGAUUUGGGUCAAAUACUUGAGUUCAUCGCAUUUCUUGUUUCCUAUAAGCAAGCUACUAUUUCAGAAAAGGUGCUAAAACAUAUUCUUAGACAUUUGACAUCACAGGAUAAGACAUCAGAUGAUCCCAAUAUGAAGUAUGAAGUUUCUCGACCAGAGAAACAGGUGCUCACUUUGCUUAAAGUUGCCCCUCAGGUGGACUGGAAUUCUGAUGAUGUCAUGCAUCUAUGCGUAUAUGCCCAUUUUUAUCAGGCUUGUGGCUUAAUACAUGAGAUCAGAGGUCAAUUUGUUGAUGCUUUAGAUAGUUACAUGAAGGAUCAAGAUGAGCCAAUCCAUGCUUUUGCUUUCAUUAACAAGAUUAUGUUACAGCUGAAAAAUAAUAAUGUUUCUUUUAAGAUGGCUGUAAUUUCUCGAAUUCCAGAACUUAUCAAGCUAAGCAGAGAAUGCGCGUUCUUCUUGGUCAUUGAUCAAUUUAGUAGUGAAACUCAGGAUAUCUUAUCAGAAUUGCGUUCUCAUCCACAAAGCAUGUUCCUCUUCUUAAAAACAACCCUUGAAAUCCAUUUGUCAGGAAACCUUAAAUUUCCUGUGCUUGAAACAGUUUGUCUCUCAAACCCACCAUUUGGUGAGAUCAGGGAGACACCAAAUAAUCUUGAAGAAUAUGCUGAACGACUAGCAAGUUUCCCAAAGCUUUUGCAUCAGAACACAAUUCAAGUAAAUGAUGAACUGACAGAACUGUUUUUAUCGCUUUUAUGCCAGUUUGAGCGCAACUCAGUCUUGAAAUUUCUAGAAACCUUCGACAAUUAUAGACUUGAGCAGUGUCUCCAUAUUUGUCAAGAAUAUGGUGUCACUGACGCUGCUGCAUUUUUACUAGAAAGGGUUGGUGAUGUUGGUAGUGCUCUAAUGCUUAUGUUGACUGGGCUUAAUGAAAAGAUCGAUUUGCUUGUUGAUGCUGUGGAAAAGAAAAUUUAUGAGGUGGCAUCAAGUGAUUCUUUAUGGCAGUUUGAAGAUAUUAUGAACCUAAAUGAGGUUAUCUCUGUGACUGAUGUGUUGCAUGCUUCCAUUAGCCUAUGCCAAAGAAAUACUCGGCGUUUAGACACUACAGAAUCUGAGUCGCUUUGGUUUCGGUUGCUUGACUUCUAUUCUCAGCCAAUGAAGUGGCUCUGUGCCAUCAAACCAGCUUCUUUGAAUCAGAAACAUGGCAAUCCAGAUCACCUGAAUGUCUUGGAGCCCAUGCCUAAAUGGAAGAUUUCGCAUAAAGCUUCUGCUACUAUUUUGAGAAAGCUGUUCUCACAAUUUGUCGGGGAGUUAAUUGAAGGGAUGGCUGGAUAUAUGCCCCUUCCAGUUAUAAUGGCCAAACUUCUUUCUGACAAUGGCAAUCAAGAAUUUGGUGAUUUUAAGUUGACUAUCUUGCAAAUGCUUGGAACUUAUGGUUACGAGAGAAAAAUUCUGGGAACAGCUAAAUCAUUAAUUGAGGAUGAUACCUUUUAUAGCUUAAGCUUGCUGAAAAAAGGUGCCUCUCAUGCUUAUGCCCCUCAAGAUUUCAUUUGCUGCAUUUGCGGAUGCACAUUUACCAAAGGUUCAACUUCUGGAAUUAGAGUUUUUAGCUGUGGGCAUACAACUCAUCUGCAAUGUGAAUUCGAGGAAAGCAAAAAAAGUGAGUCAGUUAGAUGCCCAAUUUGCCUACCAAAAAAAAAUCCCCGUCCACGAAACAAAUCAUUUUUCCUGGAGAAUGGCCUAGUAAAAGGCUCUACUUCUAGCUCGCAACCAUCAGAGUCCAUCUUUAGUGUUCAACAUGUUCAUGAAUCAGAAGUUAUGGAGAAACCUUUUGGCCUUCAGCAAAUCUCUCGGUUUGAAAUUCUGAAUAAUCUCCAGAAGAAUGGUAAAUUCCUUAGGACAGAAGCUCUGCCUCAGCUAAAGCUCUCGCCUCCAGCUAUCUACCAUGAGAAGAUCCAGCAAAGAUCCAUUUCUGUGGUGGGAGAACCUAGUGAUUCCGCACAAAAAAUUGACAAGCCAAGCAAACUAUGGCAGCUUAAGGACCUAAAAUCAAGGGGGUCACUGAACAUGUUCCCCUUGAGGUCCAACAUAUUUGGUCCUGAGAAGAACAAAGUGCGAUAAUGGACAAUGUUCUUGUGGUAUUGGUGAUGCAA